AUGGCCGCCAUCACGACGGACCAUCACCAGGCUUCGCUGGGCCUCGAGCGCUCCGUCUCCCAGCACAGCUCCUCAUCCGCCCGCUCCCAUCGCAGCGUCCUGCGCUCUGGCAAGACGCGCCGCCUCAACUCCCAGACCAGCAGCUGCUCCUCGUCCAGCAUCGCCGCCAGCGACAAGUCCCUGACCAGCUUCCCCAGCUUCGGCGCUCCCGACAGCGCCGGCAGCACCCACAACAAUGCCCACGCCGACGAGCGCCUCAAGACGGCCACGCAAGAGUCCGAGAACCGUCGCUUCCGCAACAGCGCCGGCCGCCCCUCCAUCGUCGACAGCUUGACAGACGUCAACGGCGCCUCGCGUGAUGCCCUCUUCCAAGACGGCAUCCUGACUAGGUCCGUCCCGGGCGCCCUGCACCAAGCCGCCGACGGCCACAUCGAGCGCCUCAUUGCUCGGCAGGGCGCCGUGUCCCUGGUGAGGCAGCUGGCCCAGGACCUGGCCCAGCGCGAUGCCCAGAUGGCCGGUCUGCGACGCCGCGCCGACGAGCGAGAACGAGCCAUGCGACGCAUCAUCCGGGAAUGCGGCCUCUCCACCAUGGACCUCGAGGCGAGACUGCGCGUCGUCGAGGGCGAAAUGAAGACCAACGGCUCUCAAGGCAGCGGGCUGACCCAAGACGGUGGCCUGACGGACUUGAUGAGCGACGCCAUGCAAGACACCGUGUCGGAAAGUGUAUACGGCGAGACUGACUUGUCAAACUCGACCGUGCGACUAGGGUCGGCGACUGUGUCUGGCGGCGGCAGCGGCGCAGGGAAGGGCACGCUUCGUGGCUGGAAGGAUAUGCUCUGGGGCUCAGGCACAGCCAAGAAGACGAGUCGUGGCAGCAGCGUCAACGGCGACGCCGCCACCGCCCUGCGGUCACACUCGAGUCUCGACCGACGGCCCACCAUCCAAGACGACCUCUUUGACCCGCCCGAUGCGCGCUCCGUACGGUCUUCUAGCAGAACAUCCAGCAUCUACUCGGGCGUCGACGAAAGCCGCAAACCGCCAGCCUCGUUGGCCAGCCUGGCCCUCAAACUGGUUGCGGGCGGCACCGCGCAGACAGAGUCUAGGGGGCGUGCUGUCAGCACCACAGACAAGCCUUCGUCUGCGCGUGGAGCGUCUGCUGCCAGCAACAAGACGGCGCCUGCUGGGAGAUCUGCCUCUGUGGCCGGGCCAAAGGCUCUCAUGGCCAUGAGACGGGCCACACCGGGCUCCGCUGCCGCACCCGUGAGCUCCAGAGCACAGGCGCAAGAGCUCUGGGGAGGCAUGGCCGGCAGCCCUCCAAAGUUGGCUGAUGCUCGCCAGGAGAGCUAUGGUCCCGUGGAGAUGGAUGCCAUUCUGCCACCCGAGUCGCAGCCCCCGACCCUCACGCAAAUGUACAACAAUUACGGCAACAGUGCACACUUGACGGACCGAUUUGGCUUCAUCUACGAUCAGCGCCGCAAGAAGCGACAGAGGGAAGCGCAGCAAAUGGCCCAUCGUAUUCGAAAGGGCAGCCGCGCAGAAAUGCUCAUGAAUGGCAGAACCGGCAUCUCGCCCAACCUGCUCGAUGAUCUACCGAGCCCCAAGUUUAGCGACAGUGAUGGACGACCCAGUACGCCCGGAAGCAUGGAAGACAAGCUGCAAGAGGAGGGAAAGCCGAAGCGUUGGCAGGAUUACUUGAGCAUUGCAACGUUUCCGACGGAGCUUCUGAGCCACACGCCAAGCGUUGGUGCCUCUGCGCUAGAAGUGCUUGAAGGCGUCGAGAUGAGUCGAGAAUCGGAGCAGCAGGCCAACGAACCGACAAAGGUGCAAACAAUCAAGUCCACUGGUGCUGGGUUGGUGCCUGUCGCCAGCACAACGACCACCGCUGUCGACAGUGAGACGACGCCGUCUUCUGAAUCCGAACCAGCAGCGUCUGUGCCAACCCCAGACGACAACGAGCCUGUCAAACUCCUGCUGCAGCAGCUCAGCGAAGUCCACGACUCGCUGCAACGCGACAAGACGGUGCGCUGGAACGACUUUUUGCGAAAAGUGCGCGCCGAGCGCAAGCGUGAGGGCGACGCGGCUGUGGCGGCAGCCAACGCAGCUGCCGAAGCACGCUAUGAACGACCUGCUGUAAUCCUCCCCGAGACGCGUGUUGCAGACGGCGAGAUGAUUGGCAUCUCUGGCCUCGGCAUCAAGGGCAAAGUCGGGCGCGCCAAGUGGAACGAGUUCAAGACGCUUGUCCUCGGAGGUAUCCCGGUGGCCUACCGCUCCAAGGUGUGGUCCGAGUGCUCUGGCGCGACGGCGCUGCGAGUGCCUGGCUACUAUGACGACCUCGUGGCGCAGAGCGGCGAAUCCGACGACCCGGCCGUCGUCAGCCAGAUCCAGAUGGAUAUCCAUCGCACGCUCACCGACAACAUAUUCUUCCGUGAGGGCCCCGGCGUGUCCAAGCUCUCCGAGGUACUGCUGGCGUACUCGCGGCGCAACAAGGACGUGGGCUACUGCCAGGGCAUGAACCUCAUCACCGCCAACCUCCUGCUCAUCACGCCGUCGGCCGAAGACGCGUUUUGGAUCCUGGCGUCGAUUGUCGAAAACAUUCUCCCGCAGGGCUACUACGACCACUCGCUCAUGGCAUCGCGCGCGGACCAGCAGGUGCUGCGGCAGUACGUGGCGACGGUGCUGCCGAAGCUGUCGGCGCACCUCGACGCGCUGUCGAUUGAGCUCGAGGCGCUGACGUUCCAGUGGUUCCUGUCCGUCUUCACCGACUGCCUGUGCGCCGAGGCGCUCUUCCGCGUGUGGGACGUGGUGCUGUGCACAAACGACGGCAGCACGUUCCUCUUCCAGGUGGCGCUCGCGCUGCUCAAGCUCAACGAGCGCAACCUGCUGCAGCGCGACACGGCCGCAGGUCUCUACACGUACAUCAACCACCACAUGACGGAGCACGCCAUCAGCAUCGACGGGCUGCUCCAGGCGAGCGAGGGCCUGCGCCGCGUGGUGCGCCGCGAGGACGUCGAGGAGAAGCGCAACAGGGCCAUGCAGGCGGAGCGGGACAUGAUUGCGCAGCGCGCGGAGAGUCGUGGUGCGGCGAGCAGGCGCAAGAGGGUGGCGAGCGACGCGGCGAGCAGCAGUGUCGAGUCGACGGCGUCGCUGGCGGUGGAAGAGCCGCGGCCGAUGCAGUGA